CAGAUAGGAAGAGACGAGGAGUGAUUCAGGCAGGGCCCUUCAAGCACGGGGAAAUGGAGUAAAGAGGUAUAAUGAGAGCACCCUGUAACAGGCAGGGUUCAGUCACCGCUCUGCCCUUUCCUCUCUCCUGUGGACAUCCCUUGAAAUACGGAGGCGAAGGGAAUCCGAGAGUGCCCCUUGCCUUAAAAAUGCUCCGGGAGAGCCACCGACCGUCCUCAUAUUCCUAAGGGACUCGGGAACUGAGAUCCAAGUGUCCUUGAGGUGUGGGAUAUCCUGCUGUCUGAUUCCGGCUAUACUCUGCCUGACAAACUACGGGAAGAGCUACAUCUCCUGCCUCUCUCUGAUCUGUGCGGACGCCACUGCAGAUCCCAACCGCCUCCCUACACCGCUCUGCACAGUGUGCCAUAUGCCGUGUGUGGCAGUCAGGUCUGGCAUACUGGAGAUCAUGUAGGUCUGCUGAAGCUCAAAGAAGAAUCAGAAUCGGGAUGACGGUUCCUGAAUGGGUCGCGAGAGAGUCCCCUAAGGAGCGCUUAGGUUUGCUGGGGCUGGGGGAGGUGGGUUAAGAAAGGGACGUCAAGAUUGGAGGCACCAGAUGAUUUUUUUUUUUGCUUAUGUGUGUGCGCAUGGGGGUGGGGAGUGGCUUGGUGCCGGACGCCCCCACCCGCAGAGACUGGGCUAUAAAUAGCACAGCAGAGCUCCGCCCCCACCCCCCCUUCUCUCCUCCGGAGCCGGCGCUGUGCCCGGGGCGCACCGGGAGGAGGGACCAGGAUCCAGCGCUGGGGCGCAGAUACUGACACCAAGGGAAUCCGGGUGCCCCCCCACGCCAUGUGGGCCCCCAGGUACCCGGCUCCUCCACCCCGGAGGCCCCCAUGGUCCCGGCCUCAGUCCUGGCCAGGCAAAGAUUAUGCGGACAUUCAGGUCCCAAAUGCAAGCUGCUUCCUCCCCCCCACUCAAUUUUUGGGGAUGUGGCAAUCUAAAAGAGGGAUAGGCUUUACCACCAAGACCUCAGGCCUCUCCCAACCCCCACCCCCACACUCCUAGCCAUCUUCGGCAGGUCCCAUUCCCGGCUCCAUCGGUGCUUUCGCCAGAGCCGCAGCUAUGCUGCACACUGAGGGCCACGCUCUUCUUCGGGCGGUGGGUCAGGGUAAGCUACGCUUGGCCCGUUUGCUUCUGGAGGGAGGAGCCUACGUGAAUGAGGGUGAUGCCCAGGGGGAGACUGCGCUAAUGGCGGCCUGCAGGGCCCGCUACGACGACCCUCAGAACAAGGCGCGCAUGGUACGCUACCUCCUGGAGCAAGGUGCGGACCCCAACAUCGCAGACCGUUUAGGACGCACGGCGCUCAUGCACGCUUGCGCCGGGGGUGGGGGAGCCGCAGUGGCCUCUCUGCUCCUUGCCCACGGCGCAGACCCCUCAGUCCGAGAUCACGCUGGCGCUUCGGCGCUUGUCCACGCCCUGGACCGUGGGGACCGCGAGACCCUUGCCACGCUGCUGGACGCCUGCAAGGCCAAGGGCACGGAGGUCAUCAUCAUAACCACGGAUACCUCGCCCUCGGGCACCAAGAAAACCAGGCAGUAUCUCAAUUCCCCACCGUCCCCGGGGGUAGAGGACCCUGCACCCGCUCCUCCUAGUCCGGGGGUCUGCACGUCGCCUUCGGAAGUCCAACUGCAGACUGCAGGAGGGGGACGGGGCUUGUUAUCCCCUCGCGCCCAGGAAGAAGAGGAGAAAAGAGACAUAUUUGAAUUCCCCCUUCCUAAGCCCCCUGAUGACCCUUCCCCUUCCGAGCCUCUCCCCAAGCCUCCUCGACAUCCUCCAAAACCACUCAAAAGGCUCAACUCGGAGCCCUGGGGCCUUGUGGCUCCUCCUCAACCGGUCCCCCCUGCUGAAGGGAGGCCGGGGAUGGAGCGCCUGGCCGCUGAAUUUAACGGCCUGACCCUGACGGGUAGACCGCGUCUUUCUCGGCGUCACAGCACUGAAGGCCCGGAGGACCCGCCUCCGUGGGCGGAGAAAGUGACUGGCGGGGGUCCUCUCUCGCGCAGAAACACAGCGCCCGAGGCUCAGGAGUCUGGUCUGCCUUCAGGGCUAAGGCAAAAACUGAGCCGCAUGGAGCCGGUGGAGCUCGAUAUCCCUGGACAUUUUUGCCCUGACUCUCCCGAGGCCAGCCGAUUAGCCCUGGAGCGCCGGCGAUACAGCGCCUCUCCGCUGACACUCCCUCCAGCGGGCUCAGUUUCUUCCCCACGCCAGUCCCAAGAAAGUCUGCCCGGUGCUGUCUCCCCGCUCAGCGGACGGAGGCGGAGUCCCGGGCUGCUAGAGCGCAGGGGCUCCGGGACCUUGCUCCUGGACCACAUCUCGCAAACACGACCCGGUUUCUUGCCUCCUCUCAACGUCAGCCCCCACCCUCCCAUCCCCGACAUUCGCCCCCAAGCCGGAGGUCGGGCACCCUCACUGCCUGCCCCUCCUCACUCUGGGGCACCAGGGUCUCCCAGGACCAAGCGCAAGUUGGUGAGACGCCACUCCAUGCAGACUGAGCAGAUUCGCCUGCUAGGGGGUUUCCAGAGUCUGGGCGGGCCAGGGGAACCAGGGCGCUGAGAGAAGCCAGAGGCAUCCAGGAUGGGGAGGGUCAGGACCCUGAUGGCGGGAGAACCAGCUGAUACCUCGGACAUGGGAUCUCUUGCAUGUGCUCACGGCACUGUGCACGCACACAUGGGUAAGCAUGUGUCCACAAGCACAGUACAUUUACUAGCGAGGAUGGAUACAUACUGUGUUUACUGGGCAUAUAGACCCACGCAUUCGAGUCCUGGUCAUUUCACACGCACACGGCAUUACUUGGGUACCCAGAGGCACAGCACACCAACAAACAGAGGACCACUUGUGCUAGGGUCCCAGACUCACUGGCAUUUGUUCAGAAGCAGCAGGGAGCCCCCGCUUACGGCUGCUCUCCUGUAUCUUGCUCUCCUGAAAAAGCAAUCCCUUGCUUUCUGUGUACGCCCUGAGAGGUGGCCUAUCAUACUUUCGCAUACUCUACUUCCUCUCCGUGAAUAUCUCCUGCCAUUCUGCAGGUCUUGCUUCUCCAUGCCUGGCUCCUUGCUCACACCCGGCUUCCAUCCGCUUUUCAGGAUGUCUUCUUCACCUUGCUUAGGGUUCCUGCGGCAGCUCCCAGUCUGGGUUCUGUUGCUUGCCUCUCAUGCUCUCAACUUCCUGCUUUUUAUCCCCACCUUGCACCCCCCCGCACCCACACAACACACACCACUACAAAUCAUCUUGUUUACCCCAGGGGGUGGGUCAUGGGCUCUAAGUUGCUCCUUUGUGUGUGUGAGCUUAUGAACACCCCCUACAGGUAGAAGUGGGGAGUAAGCCCAAGUCAGCCCUCUUACCACUUGACAUGUCAAAUAAACGUGUUCAGAAGUC